AGAAUUGCGGUUGUAGUUUUUGUCUUUGAGUAUUUAUUUAUUUUAUAUUUAAUUAACUAAAGAUUAUUACACAAACACUACAAAAUAUGAAGUCAUUAUUUACGUUAAAUAAAUUAUUUAAAGUAUACUAAAACAAAAAAUAAUGCAAUGUGCAAUCCCUUAGAGUACAUUCUGUUGCUCUAUGUUUAUUGCUUGUUUUUAUUAUUUCAAACUUCUGUGAUAUAUUUAUUAAUAAUAAAUUUGGCUAAUAACGCUUAGACAUUUUAUCAUUACGAUUUUCUUUUUAAAUUUCUUCCAUCAAAAGAUUUCAUUCCCAAAUGAAUAGACGCGUAAAUCAUAAAAAAUUGAAGUAUCAUCGAAAUAAAUUUAAUUCAUGGAGUUCCCCAUCAUUCAACUAUUUAGAAUAUAAUUCAUGUGAAUUUGAAGAAUCGUCUACUACAGCUACUGAAAUAUCUACAGAAUGUGAACCUGUUAAAGAAGCAGACGAUAGGGAUAGUAAAGGCAGGAGGAUAAUUCUGAGAGAGUUUUUGUAUGAAGAUCCAGAUUUAUUUAACAGUAACAGUAAAUUGAAGCAAAAUUAUGGAUUAGAAUGGAAUAUACAACAUUGGAAGAAAGCAGGAGAAGCAGAGACACAAGAUUCUAACUUUGAUGAGGACCAAAUCAGCCAAAGAAGGCCAAAUAAGGUGCAAAAGGAACUAAAUAAAAUGCUGUCUCAGCCUGUUAAUAUGACUAAAGCAGAGAGAAUGAUGCAGAAAAUGGGUUGGCAAGGAGGUGCUCUAGGCAAACAUGGUGAAGGUAUAAUUGAACCCAUAGCACCAAAUGCUUCUUAUGCAACAAAAACAGUAGGACUAGGGCAAACAGUAAAAAAACGAAAACAUGAAAUGAAAACGGAAAUAAAAGAGCACUUUGACACCAAUGUUCUACUAUAUGUAUUGGAUUUUGUUAAGAACGAUUCAGAAAAUGAAAUAGUUUUUGAUCGUCUUUUAUGGAAAAAUGAAAGGAAACGGGUGCAUAACAUAAUAGAAGCAAUUUCAAGCAGUGGUAGUACUGUAAGUGUUGAUUUUGACACUGUUGCCCAGAUGGAUAUUGCUCAACAUAUAAAUUCAUACAACAAAUACUUUCUAAGUACAGAAAGUGAAGGAACUGUCCCAAAUCGUUAUUUAUGUUUAUACAAAGAAGCGCCAGAACACAUGUAUUUAAUAACACCAGAUGACUUGCGUAAGGAAGACCGUGAUGACGAAGAUAGUGAAGAACCAAAAGAUACUCAAGAAAAGGGAAAAACAGCAGAAUUAGAACAAGAUGCAUUAAGUAAUGACACCAGUAAUGUAGAAAACGAAAAUAAGCCAAAGUCUAAACCAGACGAAGAAUGCACAAUAGAAACAUUGUUAGCGACAAUUACAGAAUAUUUCUUGGAAUUUAUUAGCGAUGAUAAUUACACAGAGUUCAGAUUUCUAGGGCCAUUUACAAUGAAAGAAAUAAAUGCAAUAAAUAUUUUUAUUGCAAAAUGUACUAAUUGUGAUUACAAUGAAAAUGAUAAGCUAAAAGAAGCUUUCCAAAAUAAUGAAUAUAGCAUUGACAUUAAAGAAGAUUUUAAUGGUAGCACUGUGUUCUACAAGUAUAAAAAAGGUACAGAUACGUCGACGUGACGUAACAACAAAAUCAAUACAAAGAUCUUUACAGAAAAUAAAAAUAAUAAAAUGUUUAAAAAAAUACAAAUAUUAAAUAAAAAUUUAC